CGAAUUUUUAAGGAAAAAAAUGUCAAACGGCUAGCCUCUGCUUCUCCGCCAUUUUUCUUUUCUCACGCUGUUCUUGUUUAUAGUUCACUUGUACCUAAUGUCUGUAGGUUAUUACCUCCAUUCAUAUCUGGAUGUCGAGCGGUAUUUUUUGAAGCAACUGGGCACCGCUCGGCUGCCAUUUUUUUCCUUGCCAUUUUUUUGUGCAAUUUUUGCCGAAAUUUUUUCGUUCCAAUCGUACCAAAAGGUUCAAGCAGACCUUUUGAUUUGAUAUCUUUGCAAAUAGCCUGACACCCCCUCGAUUUUUUUUAAAGACUUUUGGAUCGAUACAGACGAACCUACCUCUCCCCGCUCCGAUCUUCUUGUUGUUUUCCACAGCGAUUAGGAUUCAAGAAACCCCAAAUCUGUUCUUGGAGCAUCCACUCUCCAGAUUCAGGAUGGACAAGUUCAGCAAAGCCCAGUGAAAAAUCCAGUCUUCAGCGCGCAAUCUCCUGGUGGCCUUUGGAGAUCUUGCGCGACAGCACAAGCGACCAAGAAAAUGUCGCCGCAACCGCCCCCAGACCUCGACGAGGACAAGGAGAGAGAAACCAAUGUCCUCAUCGAAGCGGCUCCGGGGUCGCCGUCGAAGGGGGCGGAGGACGGCCCCGGCAGGCCGCUUUCGCCGGCGGCGUGGUUCCGGAUGCUGGCCAGGGAGCUGCACUGGAGCUUCGUGUUUGGCGUGGUGGCCACGUACGGCAUCAGCCAGGGGCUCGGCGGCGGCAUCACGCGCGUCGCAUCCGACUACUACUGGAAGGACGUGCAGCGGGUGCAGCCGUCGGCGGCGCAGGUGUACCAGGGCGUCACGUCCAUCCCCUGGAUGGUCAAGCCGCUCUGGGGCCUGCUCACCGACGUGCUCCCCGUGGUCGGCUACCGGCGCCGGCCGUACUUUAUUCUUGCAGGCUUCAUCGGAGUGAUUGCAAUGCUUAUAAUCUCUCUCCACAGCAAGCUUCAUGCAUUGCUUGCAUUGUUGGCGUUGAUGACUGGAAGUGCUAGUGUGGCGAUAGCUGAUGUUACUAUAGAUGCUUGCGUGGCUGAAAACAGUAUAAUGUACCCUCAUCUUGCUGCUGACAUGAUAAGCUUAAAUGGAUUCUGUGCAUCUGUUGGAGGCCUUAUUGGGUUCUCAACAAGUGGUUUCCUUGUUCGUGCAAUAGGAGCUCAAGGUGCCCUUGGCCUGUUAACUAUACCUUCUGCCUUGGUAAUUUUAGCUGGAACACUGCUAAAGGAGGUCCAUAUCCCCAACUUUCCAUACGAGCAGGCCCACAAGAAAUUUGUAGAAGCAAGUGGAAAAAUGUUAACGGCCUUAAAAUGUCCUGAAGUAUGGCGCCCAUGUGUUUACAUGUACAUGUCACUUGCUUUGAGUGUGGACAUUCAAGAAGGAAUGUUCUUCUGGUACACAGACCGAAGUGCAGGGCCAUCUUUUUCUGAGGGAUUCAUUGGCUUUAUGUUCGCAAUUGGGUCAAUUGGUUCUCUUGUCGGGGUCAUACUAUAUCAAAACAUUCUUAAGGAUCACUCAUUCCGCAACCUUCUUUUUUCUAGUCAGUUGUUGCUAAGCUUGUCGGGAAUGCUUGAUCUGAUGUUGGUGCUUCGUCUAAAUCUGAAAAUGGGGAUACCUGACUACUACUUUGCUGUGAUCGACGAGGGGGUCUCCAAAAUGAUCAACCGUAUCAAAUGGAUGCCUCUUUUGGUGCUCAGCUCAAAGCUUUGCCCCCCUGGCAUUGAGGGCACAUUCUACGCAUUGCUCAUGUCCAUUGACAACAUUGGCUCGUUAACUGGAUCAUGGGUUGGUGGAUUGAUCCUUCAUUUGUUGAAAAUCACAAGAACAGAAUUCAAGAACCUCUGGGCAGCGAUUUUAAUUCGAAACGCGAUGAGGUUACUACCACUGUCACUGUUGGCUUUGGUGCCCAGAAGUUAUCCAAAUUCCAAUCUUCUUCCAUCUGAUUUGCUGAAUGAGGAUGGUGACGAUGAAGCUCACCAAAUGGAGAAUGUCGAGUUAACCUCUCUUUGUGUGGACAGGGGCUCUUUCCCUGACAAAUCUCUCCAAGAUUCCGAGAAUCGGGAGGGCCCUGAUGUAGAACAAGAUGAUGAUGAAGCUUCACUGCUUGCCAACAGAAGUUGAUAUUUGACAGAUCACAUACGGAGAUUUUCUUUUGUACACGAGCAGAUAGUUACAAUUUAGAAAAAAUGACAUCUCUUCAAAGAUA